AUGUUCGCCGGUGCUCUUCUUGCUAUCCUUCCCGUAUUGGGACUCGCUUCAGCCACUGUCAUCCCUCGACAAGGCUCCGUAUAUCCUUUCGGUCACUUACAUCCUACUUCUGAUAUUGGAGGUCUCUGUGUUGCUGCCUCUGAGUUAGCGAUUGGAGCUUCAAUUGGUCUUGUCGAAUGUCAUGCCAGCACUGAUCCUUUGUCCGCUCUUGAGCUUUGGAACAUCACCAACUCAGCUGCUCACGGUCCCGAGCGAAUUGCACUCCAAGCUAGACCACAGCUCUGCAUAGCCGGCAAUCCCAGAACUGAAAUCGGAAACACCCUUUAUAUCGAAGAGUGUGGUGGAGUCAACGAUGGUCAAUAUCAACUGAUCAGUUACUCUCAAGCCGGUUUCCUCUCUUUCCAAAAUGCCAACUGUAUUCACAGAAAGAGCGACACCGAACUCGACAUUCAAACCUGCUAUACCAUGGCUAACGACCUCAAAUUCGUUCCUUCAUAG